GGGGUGGUAUGACGCGAGAUGCUGCCAGCAGCCAUUUUUCUUCGACUUUUAUUUUAAGAUCUGGAUGAGAUUGCUCACCAUAAACUCCUCUUCCUUUGCCUUCUGCGAUAUUUAUGCAGCAUCCUUCACGGUUCAAGACCCAGUUACUCCGGCACGAUGAAUUUGUUGUAGAAAAUUCCCCUGAGCUGGUUGAAGUCGUGGCCAUAAACGGAAGAGCAGUGCUGAAAUUGAAACUUGAUCCUGACACACAGGCACGCCAUGGCGCCUCCACUAUCCCCAGGCCACUUCCUAGCAUCUUGCUCAUAUCCCUAAUACCAGUUGCUUCAUGGUUUGUCAUUCGUCCUUUACUAGACCCCGUCCCCCAAUUGCCAGCCCUAUGGGCAUCUGUUGGGUUCUCUAUAUUUGCGUUCGUUGCCACGCUUUACCUGGUCCCUGCACUUGGACCGACAUUCGUGAAAGCCAACUUGAAAGGGAAGGAUCUUUUGAAGGUCUACUCUGAUCCUAUACCAGAGAGUCAAGGCCUCGUCUGCGCGUCAAUAUAUAUUCUGCUAUUAAUCUUGUUUAUUCCUUUCUCAUUCUCCACUUCCAUCGCAAGCCUUUCGGGCGGAAGAAGCAAGAUUGAAGGCUUACUGGGCGCUGCGUCUCUACAUCACGAGUUAUCCGUAUAUCUGUCAUCAUUGCUAUCGCUCUUGAUGGCGACUCUUUUGGGGUUCCUCGACGAUGUGUUCGAUAUCCGAUGGAGGCAUAAACUGCCUAUCCCGCUUAUUGCUGCCAUACCGCUCUUGAUGGUCUACUAUGCGGAAGGAGGGAAUACUCAUGUAGUUGUACCCAUUCCUCUUCGGCCAUUCCUUGGCUUUCUUGUUAACCUAGGUCCCCUGUAUUAUCUCUAUAUGUCACUCCUUUCGACAUUCACCACUAAUAGCAUUAACAUUCUGGCUGGGAUCAAUGGCUCCGAAGUCAGCCAAGCAUUGAUAAUCGCAGUUUCUGUUAUCAUCAACGAUCUUCUAUACAUGCCCUGGCCAUUUGACUUCCGUAUACCCAUGCACCUUCUCGGCAAUCAAAUAGAAGUCGAAGUUGGUGGCGCCUGGCAUGCAGGAAUGGCCUAUGGAAGUAUCGAACUUGUUGACAGACAUCUCUUCAGUCUGUACUUCAUGCUUCCUCUCGUGGGUGUAUGUCUUGGAUUUAUGUAUCAUAACUGGUAUCCUGCGCGUGCGUUCCCUGGAGACACGCUCUGUUAUGUUACUGGAAUGGCCUUCUCCGUAGUCGGAAUACAGGCGCACUUCUCCAAGACCCUACUCUUGUUCUUUAUUCCUCAGAUUUUCAACUUUUUGCUCUCAUGCCCACAGCUCUUCGGUAUCGUGCCGUGUCCUCGGCAUCGCGUUCCAAGAUUUGCUUCUGAUACUAAUUUGCUGCACCCCUCAAAAACGGUCUUUGACAAACGGCCUCCUACGAGGCUCGCGUCUCUUACCCUUCGUAUAUUUGCCACACUCGGUCUCACAGAGCUGACUAUGGACCCAACAAACGAAGUUGUCCUUGAAGCCACCAAUCUGACGAUCCUUAAUUUCCUUCUCUUGCGUCUGGGUCCCAUGAACGAGAAGAAGCUCGUUCAGGUACUCAUGUGUACUCAGAUCGCGGGCAGUCUCUUUGCUUUUACCAUACGCUACGGUUUAGCUGGCCUCGUCUAUGAUGGCGACAGGCGGUGAUGCUAUUGACAGCAACGUGGACAAUAAUCAAUUUAGACAAACGCAAGCCUAGCUUUACUAUCGUGGGGCGCGACCUACUAAUACCGGGCCUCGGGGUGCGUGGCUAAUCCUGGAUAUGGCGGUUUCACGGUGGCACCACAAACAGCCCGUACUCGUCAUGAUCAGUGAUGUGCGGAGACUUUCGGACGGUGAGGAACCUGCUGGGGGGAAAUGAAGGAGGUAUCUUGGUCACUUAGAUCACCACGCUGUAUAUAAUGGUAUUAAACCUACUCAAUGACGCGAGUUUAUUUAUUUGCUGUUUGAACAAGCGAAG